GCCGGAUGUUUGCCUGUCCUUGACAGGCGUGGCAGAGGGAGCGGUACCCCACCACGGGUUCUCUUCAGGUUCUGCAGCGUGAAGCUGUGGGGCAGAGGCUUGGCCAUGGACCCACUCUCAGAGCUGCAGGACGACCUGACUUUGGAUGACACCAGCCAGGCUCUGAACCAGCUGAAGCUAGCCUCCGUUGAUGAGAAGAACUGGCCCUCAGACGAAAUGCCCGACUUUCCCAAGUCAGAUGACUCCAAAAGCAGCUCCCCAGAACCUGUCACACACCUGAAGUGGGAUGACCCUUACUAUGACAUUGCCCGGCACCAGAUUGUGGAGGUGGCAGGAGAUGACAAGUAUGGGCGGAAGAUCAUUGUGUUUAGUGCCUGCCGAAUGCCCCCGAGCCACCAGCUGGACCAUAGCAAGCUCCUGGGAUACCUGAAGCACACCCUGGACCAGUAUGUGGAGAGCGACUACACGCUGCUCUACCUGCACCAUGGCCUGACCAGCGACAACAAGCCCUCCCUCAGCUGGCUCCGGGACGCCUACCGGGAGUUUGACCGCAAGUACAAGAAGAAUAUCAAGGCUCUGUACAUCGUGCACCCCACCAUGUUCAUCAAGACCCUGCUCAUCCUCUUCAAGCCCAUCAUUAGCUUCAAGUUUGGGCAGAAGAUCUUCUAUGUGAAUUACCUGAGUGAGCUGAGCGAGCAUGUGAAGCUGGAGCAACUGGGGAUCCCUCGCCAAGUGCUCAAGUAUGAUGACUUCCUCAAAUCCACCCAGAAGAGCCCUGCGACAGCCCCCAAGCCCAUGCCACCACGGCCCCCUCUGCCCAACCAGCAGUUCGGGGUCUCCUUGCAGCACCUCCGGGAGAAGAACCCAGGGCAGGAGCCCAUUCCGCUCGUGCUGCGGGAGACUGUUGCCUACCUACAGGCCCACGCUCUCACCACUGAGGGGAUUUUCCGGAGGUCGGCCAACACCCAAGUUGUACGGGAAGUGCAACAGAAGUACAACAUGGGGCUGCCUGUGGACUUCGACCAGUACAAUGAGUUGCACCUGCCAGCAGUCAUUCUCAAGACCUUCCUCCGGGAGCUUCCUGAGCCCCUGCUCACCUUUGACCUCUACUCCCACGUUGUGGGCUUCCUCAACAUUGAUGAGAGCCAGAGAGUGGAGGCCACGCUGCAGGCCUUCCAGAUGCUGCCCGAGGAGAACUACCUGGUGCUGCGUUUCCUCACUGCCUUCCUGGUGCAGAUUUCUGCCCUCUGUGACCAGAACAAGAUGACCAACACUAACCUGGCUGUUGUCUUCGGCCCUAACCUGCUGUGGGCCAAGGAUGCUGCCAUCACCCUCAAGGCCAUUAAUCCCAUCAAUACCUUCACCAAGUUCCUCCUGGAUCAUCAAGGGGAGCUGUUCAGCCCUGACUCCAAGGGGCUCUGAGCCCAGCCCCUG